CAGCUUGUGAGUUACUGUUUAAAAGAUUUACAGCACUCAACUGUACUAAGCAGGAUUCAUUAUACUGAUCUGUUUAUUAUGUGUUUCAAUUAAGUGCAUCCAUGUUAAGCUCAGUUCUGUUUUUAUAAUGUUUUUCUCUAUAGGUCCCUCAUUUUAUGUGCUUAUUCACAGAGAUCUGUAAUGGUUUAGGUGGUGACAUUCAUGUGGAGGUGUAAGGGGUGCAUAGAAACUGUAACAAAUUAAAAAUCUUUGAAGAUGGCUACACUCCCAAGGACUGUGAUUCUCAAGAUCAUUUUGAUUGAUGGCAGCUGCCAAAGACUGACUCUUUCCCAAGGACUCCCUGCAUCCAUUGAUGACCUGAUGGCUGAAGUAAAGAAACAGUGUGGACUUGAGAGCAACUUUAAACUUCAGUUCAUGGAUUCCCUGUUUGGAAAUGAGUUCUUCAACCUAACUUCAAUUUCAGAAGUAGAGGACAAAGGUACUCUUAAAGUCAUUGACAUGUCAGAGCCCACCACAAUGCACAAUGAUGAAACUGGAAAUUAUUCAUUCCUGUCAUGUGGAUCUGUGGAUACAGAAAUCUUGUCAUCAAGUGAGUCUUCAAGCUCACGGUCUUCUUGGCCUGCUGUUUUUCAUGUGCCAAAGUUUUCUUACGAUGCUGAAAUAAAACUUCAGCAGGCAGCCCUAGCUUAUCUCCAAAAUGGCACUGUUCUAAUUCCAGAUCCAAAAUUAAAAUCAGCCAUCCUUGAUGGUUUAGUACAGGAAAUUGUGCAGUACAAGGUCUACGUCAGUGAUAAAGAGAUGGAACAGGUAGCCCAGAGUCUUAUCAAGACACAUCCGUGUUUGACUGAGAAAGGAUCCUCAACUGGAUGUGGUGGGUGGAAGACCAGUUUAAAAUAUAAACUAUCCAACUACCGUACUCACCUGAGAAAGCUGGGUUGCCCAGAGGUGAUGGUGAACUCUCUAAAGAAUAAACCUGCAGGGAAGCGCAGUGCAGCUUUUGGUGUCAAAAAGGCUAAAAGAGCAGAAGUGAAUUUCUGCCCAACAUACCCAUCAGCAGAAACUGAGGAAAGCCUGGAGGCCAUGCAGAAAUCUCUGCUUUCAGAGAUAAAGAAGAAGAACAAUCGAGAGAUAGUGAAACUCAAGAUGGAAAAGACCUUUGCCCUCCGAAGACACGAGGUUGUCCGUGAUGUACCGAUGGUAGAAGAUUUUAUGGCAAGGUGGCCUGCUCUCUUUGAUGUCAUUGAGAUCAACGCUGAAUUCAAAAGAAUCACCACCGUCCCACUACAGUCCAAGUUUAUGUCUCAGCUGGACAUCUACUCGGAGAACCUUUCAAGGCUGUUUCAAAAAAGAGGAGGUCAAGUAGGACAAAGGCUCAAAGCAGUAAUUGUAAAAAUGGUAAGUGGUAAAUAUUUGUGCUGGUCACAACUAAUUUUGACAAUGCUAUUUGGACUUCAUAUUAUGAGUACUGGAAGGGCUGAAUUCAGAUGA